AUGAGGACUCUAGCUCUCAGUUUUAUUUCUGCCAUCAUUGUUCUAAGUAUGACAGCGAACAAAGGCAAGAACUAUGCACAGGGAUAUAUAUGUGAGGAGUGGAAUGUCAUUGGAAAAAAUAACUUCAGAAUAAUAGUUUUGGCUAUAUACAGCCAGAAAUUCCCAAAUGGGACAUUUGAGGAGGUGAGCAGCGUGGUCAAUGAGUUCGCUAAGUUAGCAGAAGAUUGCUGCCAAAAUGAAGCAGAUCCUGACUGUUUUGAUAAAGAGGAAAGUGUGAUUGCACAGAAGCCCUGCAAGAAGGACUCUCCAUUGCACUCGAACCAAGGUAUUGAACAAUGCUGUGCCCGGGAAGUCGAGGAGAGGACUCCCUGCCUGCUCAAAGUGCACUACUCAGAGGACCAGCUGCCCUCACUCCUGGAGCUCUCGCAUGAGGAGAUCUGUGCUCAAUACGAGCACGACCCCAGCGACUACACAUUGAGGUAUGUCCAUGAGUUCGCCCGGAGACACCGGAGUGUCCCAGCAGGGUUACUGCUCAACGUAACCCUAAAUCUCGUGAGGAUGGCUAAGAAUUGCUGCAGCCCAAAAAUCUCCACCUCCUGCUUCCUCCAAGAGAAGUAUCAGCAGAGGAGUUUGACCACUUUCUUGAGAUUUCUUACCUACGUUUGUUACAACAAUGUGUAUUUAAAAUUCCAUAAAACUGGGUUAGCUUCAUAUUAUGGAAGUCUCCUGCAAGUACAGUUUGAAGAAGCAUCCAAGAUUGCUCAACAUUUUCAGUCUGCACUUACUAAAUUCUGUUUUCAGACACGACCUAAAUAUAUAAUUGAAGAGUUCACCAGCUUUCAAAAGGUCCUGUGCAAGGAAUCAAUACUCUCCUCCAUGCCUGAGGAAUUCAAGAUUUGCUGCAGCAAAGCACCUCUUGAUACUCUCACCUGUGUGGACAACCUGAAAAUACGACCGCAGGCAUCUGGGAACAUGACUCAGGUCAUUGGGACCCAGUUCUGUGAGAAGACCCAACCAGACAGUCUAGACAGACAUUUGUUCCAGAUUGGAGUUAAGCAUGCAUCGGUGCCACUGCCAGUGCUGACGACUAUCCAAGAUCAGAUGAGAAGCACAGUGGAGGCCUGCUGCUCAGAUACAAAUGACACCAAAGCGUGUUUAGAGGAGAAGAAGAACAAACUAGAAAAGACGGAAGCUCUGUUGACCAAGAUAGAUGGCUUCUGCUCGCAGUACUUUAAAACCGAGCUGCCUGCAUUCAAAACAAUGGUUGAGCGGGAGGUCCAGGGUGAGGGGGCCGAGAAGCGUGCCCGGGCCUGGGUUGAGCUGGCCACGUCAUGCUGCCUCCAGCACUCUCCAGCACUAGCGUGCCAAAAGCUGACUGAGGCGAUCAUUAAAUCAGAGGAUGACGCUACAUCUUGAACGCUCACGGAAGUUUCCAUUCGGAGGCCCUAAAAGCACAACCAGUUUCUAAACCAGCUUGCUGUUUGUGUUGCCACAAAAUCGAUUGAUUCAAGAAGCAAAAUGCUUUUAUCUCAGCAAUAGAUUUUUAAAUGUAAAAUGUAUCUACGCGCUACUUUAGUAUAGGCUAACGAAACAAUUGAUUACAGAUUAAACCUUUGAAUUUUGUAACAGACGACGAACACUUGCUGUAUGUGUAGAAAUCGUCUUCCUUCUGACCAUCUUAAUAGCUCGCCUGU